AUGAAGAGCCCUACGUUGCUGGGCCUGUUUCUGGCAGGCGCUGCGACUGUGCUGCUUGGCUUUGUCACUUUCUGUGCUCCGGUGUUCAACAAGCUCUGGCUGUACUCGGUGAACGCGCCGGGUCGCUACGACUACCACUUUGGCACGCUCGGCCACAAUGUCAACGGCCAGGCGUCGCCGAUGCGGGUCGGCUACCGCUACAUGAAUGGGCAGGGUGCCGAUAUUCCGUUUGCUGCCAACCCCACGCGCACCCUCUCCUGGGUCCUGGUGCUCUUCCCGAUCGGUUUCGGCCUCGCGAUCCUGACCUUUUUGCUCGCGGGCCCCGGCCUGCUGCUGCCGGUGGUGAUGAACUCGCUCGCGAUGGUCACUGCCUUCCUCGCCGCGGUCGUGACCACGGUCGGCUUUGUGAUUGUGAUCGUGAUGUACUUUUACGCGAAGCACCACUUUGACGGCAACGUCUCGUUCGGCAUCGCGUUCUGGCUCGCAGUCGCCGCCGCCGCGGCGCUGUUUGUCGCGUCGUCGUUCCUCGGCCUCGGCAUCUGCUGUGGCGGCAACCGCCGCCGCGAGAAGCAGCGUACGAACGACGAGACGAUGUACAACCGCCUCUUUGCCCCGCAGCAGUCCGGCGUCGACCGCAGCGGCGAGGAGCGCAUCAACAUGGAGGACGUGCAGCACCAGGAGCCGGUGCAGCACGAGGAGGAGAAUGCAAACUUCGUAAACUACACCCACGGCAAGACCGACUCGUACGACACGCGCGCGUCGGCAGCGCCGGUGAACAACUACUACCCCCGCCAAGAGGACGUGUACGAGGAGCAGCCGGGCGCGUCGUCCAUCGCGCUCGUGCCGGCGAUCGGCGGUGCGUCGUACCUCGGCGCGCCGCAGCGCAACGGCCCGAUCCUCGAGCCGGAGCUCGAGGAGGACCAGGAGACGUACGCGCGCCGCCGCUCGCUCGGCCACUACUCCUCGGUCGAGGGGCACAGCGAGUACGAGGACGCGGUCCCGCCGAGCGAGCACUUUGUCGACGCGCGCCCCGCCGCCGAGACGCCGAUGCACACCGCGUCGUACACCUCGUCGCUCGCCCCGGCGAUGGCCUACAGCGCGGACCCGCGGGUGGGCGCGUACGACCCCGCGCCUGCGCUCCCCACGCACCUGCGCGGCGGCACCACCGCGACGCAGAGUCUGAACAACGACUCGUGGUUCCUCCCCGGUGCGCCAGAGACUUCGCGCGGCGCGCAACUGCCCACGUACGACACGCGCCAUGCGACUGGAUACCCGCUCGAAAAGGGCGGCGCGCUGUAG